AUGUUAAAAAAUACUUUCUUCAAAUCACCUCUAUCUAGAACUUUGACUACUUUGACUCCUGUCGCUACAAAGCUGUCUCCUCCAGCAGCUGCUUCUUACUCCCAGGCUAUGAAGGCUAACAACCUUGUCUUUGUCUCCGGUCAAAUUCCAUACACUAAGGAUAAUGUUCCAGUUAAAGGCUCUAUUAGUGAUAAGACUGAACAAGUCUUCCAAAAUGUUAAAAACAUCCUAGAUGCUUCAAACUCCUCUUUUGACAAAGUCAUUAAAGUCAAUGUCUUUUUAGCUGAUAUUAACAAUUUCAAAGAGUUCAAUGAAGUUUACGCAAAAUAUUUCAACACUCACAAACCCGCAAGAUCUUGUGUUGCCGUCGCUGCUUUACCUUUAGGUUGUGACCUAGAGAUGGAAGUUAUCGCUGCUGAAAACGAUUAG